GUCGUUCCCCGAGUGGUUCAAGUUCCCCGUACCCGAUUAGGUCAUCUCGACCAACAGGAAGAAGGAGAACAAAACACAGGGCUAGAUUUAGCUCUUCUUCAAGUUCUUCAAGCUCAAGUUCGAUCUGCAGAAAUAAGAGAUAUAAUGGGAAGAAGCGAUAUUCAAGACCAUCCUCUGGUUCAUCAAGCUCAAGUUCCAGUUCAAACUCUCGCUCUUACUAUUCCACAUCAUCGUCCGCCUCAAAUUCGUCAUCAUCGACGUACUACAAUCCGAAGCAUUCUUCAAUUAGUAGCAGUAAUAGUAGUUCUACGUCAAGUUCUUCAUCUUCACCCAAAGUUGGCCGCGGUGGAUCUAAACGUAGGCACAAAAUCCACUAGUCUAGAGUUUUAUUGUCGCAUUAGAAGGCUUUUUGUUCCCCCCACCCCCUCUUCCAUCCUGGUGAUUACUCCUUGA